AUGCGGCCGGGGCCCGCGCUCCUCCUCCUGGGCCUGGGCCUGGGCCUGAGCCUGAGCCGCCGCCCUCCGACGCCGGCUGCUCGCGGGGCCCGCGGCACCGUCCCCAGGGUGCCCGGCUCGCCGUCCGGCGACCUCCUCGGCCGGGAGCCCGCCUCGGCCCGCCGCGCCCCGCCCGAGGCCCGGGUCCGCGUCCCGGCGCGGCCCCGGGCGGCCGUGCUGCGCUCGGUCAGGGGCGCCCGGGGCCUCGGGGUGCGCGGCGGCGGCGGCGGCGUUGGCGGCGGCCGCGCCCGCCUCAGCCUGCGGCCCCGCGCGGCCCCGGGCGGCGCCGUCAUCCUGAGCGGCGGCCGCGACCUCUGUCUGCGGGCCGGGCGGCUCGCAGGCCCGGCGCCGCGCUGUCUCCGCGCGCACGUCCUGCUGCGCGCCCGCCGCGCUGCCGCCGCCGCCGUCGCGCCCACCCACGUGGACCUGCAGCUGUCGGCGCCCGGCGGCCGGCUCUCCCUGCGCUGGCUCGCCCGCUUGCCGCGCUCGCUCGGGCGUCUGGAGUGGACCUUCCGCCUCGGGCUGCUCGGGCCCACGGUCCCCACGGCCGCCGCUGCCGCCGCCCGCGUGUCGCCCCGCUCAGCGGUGUCGCCCCGCUCGGCUCUGCCCCGCGGCCCGCGCUCCUACGCGGGCUUCGUGGCCAGAACCAAGUGUCCCACGGACGGGCCCACGCCUGUCGUCUUAGAGGCUGUCAACCCAAACAGUUCCCAAGCCAUGGAGUCCUCGGUGUCCUGUCAGAUAUCACGCUCGGGGGUCUGUGUGUUGGAUCCGGUGAGGAUCAAUAGGAAUGACGAUUCUCCCCUGCAGCUGACCAGGAAGAUGGAAGUCACCAUCAAUGCCACGGUUAAGGCCCGCUGCCCAAUCCAAAGUUUCUUUGGUCAGUAUUGGAAACUCUUUUCCGUGGCCUCUGUAUCUGACAAGCCGGACUGGACUAAACCUUUGCAAAACCCACCUUUCAAGUCAGGGAACUCUCCAUCAAGUAUACAUAUCUCCGCACAUUCUUUAUCUUGGGGGGUGUAUCUGCUUAAUUUCUCCGUGUACAUCGUCACAUAUGAUCCAAAGAUACCUCUGAAGAAAGACUCGGAUUCCAUCUAUAUCAUCAUUGUUAGAAGUCCCCUGGAGGCGGUUAUUCCUGGGGAUACCAACAUCACAGUUAAUUUCACAGAUGGGCUGACUUUGAAUGGAAAUAUGUCCUCUGAUCCAGAUGCAGAAAACCCUUUAGAGGGACUUCAUUUUUUUUGGUACUGUACCACAGACCCAAGAAACUACGAUGGACAUGACAUAACAGUGAGGAGCAAGGAAGUCUGUCUCCCAGACCAGGUUGAUCUCAGGUGGACUUGGGCCUCUGGUCCUAUACUCACACUUUUGCCAGAAACACUUCACGGCGGCCGUGUGUAUUUUUUCAGACUGGUGAUCCAGAAGAACGACAGAACAGCAUUUUCUGAUAGGACAGUGCAUGUGCUCCAAGGACCAGCACCUGUAGCAAGCAUUUCAUGUAUUGAAAAUUGUGAUACAGUUUUGAUUAUAUCAGAGAGAUUUUCUUUGUCUCUAGAAUGCCCACGUUGUAAAGCAGGUCGUGAUGUCUAUCGAUGGUCCAUUCUGUCGUCUUCAGGUGAUAAGAUGCCAUUUGAUUGGACGGGGCAGACUACAACAGGGCGGAAUGGUGCUUAUUUUUCUGUAAAAGCUUUCGCUUUUCGGCGUUUCGUUGAAGAUAAGUUUUGGAUCUCUCUAAAUCUAGCAACCUGGGGUGGAUCGAGCUUGGUCUUAAGGCAUCCCUUCGUUAUUCACCACAUCCCUGAAACCACAGAAUGCAAAAUUGAUCCAGCUAAAGGAAUUGCAUUCAUUACUAAAUUUGUUGUCCAUUGUAGUAGUUUCAAGGAUAAGAACAUCAUUCUUACAUAUAAAAUAAUAGUUCCCGAUGUGCGUGGUUUUGGUGAAAUCAGUUCUUUAAAAGAGAAUAACUUUGGGUCUAUCCUCUAUUUGGGGAAGGAUUGCACAGCACCCCCUUCCUUUCUCCCUGUUGGUGUGUUGGCCAAUCAUUACGCCUUGAAAAUAUAUGCUCAGGCAUAUAAUACCUCUCUGGGAGCUUUUUCUCAGGUGACUUUGUACGCCACUGUACAGGCUCCCACUGACAUAAACUCAUCAAGGACUGUGCUGCAGGAGUUAUUCAAUUCCACUACGGGACCAGAUUCAUCGCUGUCUACUUUGCUUCAACAGCAGGAUUUUUUACCUGCAGGUUAUUUAAUGUAUAUUGUAGCUUCUGUCUUGAAUAGCAUGAAAACCGACUCACGUCUGCAAGCUGACCAAAUUAGACUCCGAGAACACCUUUUCAAUCAGUCUUUCAUUCUUCCUGUAAACACUUUGGUGGAAAUUAGCCAGGUGGUCAUGACUGUUACUAAAUUAACGCAGAAAACCUCUGAGUUCUCCUCAGUUGUUCAGAAACUGGCCACGGUGAGGAUUUGGCAAGCAAGCCAAGCUCUCCAAGAGUGUCACCAGAGAGAGAAGCACAUUUCUUCUGAGCAAAUAGAAAGUGUAAGCACUGGAAUAUUAACAAGUUUGUCUAAUAUCCUGAAACUGAUGGCUCGUCAUGAAGUGGUCGAAGAGCCUUUCCAUGUCGUUGAAUCUCUAGCAGAGACAGUAUUGGCUGUGAAAGUGCCAGAGGAUAAGACCACUGCAAUGAGGACCUCCAACUUUAACAUGUAUGUCAAGAAAACGGAAAAGUGGAAUGUUACCAAGUUUUUCAGCACCGAGAAACACUGUCGAAAUUGUUUUUAUCCAACCCUAAAUGUGAGCAGCGUUCCUAGUCUGCCUGCCAACGCUCCAAUUUCUACAAUGUUUUGUGAGUUUGCAGACGACCCUUUCCCUUGGCUAAAUUAUGGGGAAAACAUUUUGACCGAGGUGGUUGGAUUCCGAAUGACAGGAACCGAGGCUACCGGUGACGUGAUUGAGAUCACACCUGAUGUAGUGGAAGUGUACCUCAUCAGAAAAAACUUGAGCUUUGGGACUUUUAAUCUCACGGUGGGACCCAGCAAGGAGUCUCAUAAAGCAGAUGAGUCGUUGAGAAAGACGACGGGGGCAUUUAGCUUUGAAGUGGACAGCAGAGCAGGGAAGGAGGUGUUGAUCCACAUUGUGACGGAAGUGGCCGUGUUGUUCACAGUGUCGGUGUACGCCGGCCAUCAGAUCACACCCACCGCUUUGAUCGCCACCUACCUCGUGCCCCAUCGCAUCCCUCCAAUUGCCAAAGACAGUGACCUGUUUGACCCUGACUGUACAGUGACGGAGGCCCGAGUGGUUUGCCUGCCCCCGUCCCUGUUGCGGGUCAUAGCUCAGCGAACCAGCUCCUCUGAGUGUACCGUCGCUGUGGUUCUGCAGGCACCUCGUUUUGUCCUAAAGCCCAAUGACAAGUUAGUGAGAAUUUCUGUUUUCAGCACUCAAUGCUUGGACAUGUAUGGGAUCCAGAGCGAUUGGAGAGAAGAUACCUGCGUUGUCGGAGAGAAGACCACCUGGCAGAAAGUGCACUGUAUCUGCAAGAACCCAGGGCGGGCCAAGCGGCAGCUGGACGCAAUGAAACUAGCCAACCUUCACCUGCGUACCCACUAUUUGACGGCCAGGGUGAUCGUGGUCCCUAACCCUGUGGAUCUACGAUUAGAGAGGAGACCUCAGGUGACCCUAAGGGAGGUCUCCCCUCGGAAGCAUCCAUGGACACCAGCAGCAAGUGAACACUGGGAAGAACGACUAGCAAAGUGGCACGCUCAUGAAACUGACGACGCACGCUCCCAGGAGCCUGAAAAGCUUCCACCUACUGGGAGAAGUCCUGGACUUCCCAAGGCUUCUGUCAAGGCCACGUCUAAAAGACGGCCCCAGCCCAAGCGAGCAGAAAGCAAGGUCUCCCGCAACCAAAGAGAAAAUAAAAACGCCAAUAACCCAAACAUUGAAGACAAUCAAAGUGUUUCUUCUGGAGAGCACCCUCCCCAGCCCGGUGCUACACCCCUCAAAGAGAAGACCAGGAUCGUUCUGCCAUGGUGUUGCGUUUAUGUCGCGUGGCUCUUGGUUUUUGUCACUUGUAGCAUAUCCUCAUUCUUUAUUGUAUUUUACGGACUGACUUACGGCUACGAAAAGUCAAUAGAAUGGCUGUUUGCAUCAUUUUGUUGCUUCUUGCAGUCAGUUCUUCUGGUGCAAACAUCUAAAAUUAUAUUCGUGUCAGGCUACAGAACAAGUAAGCCCAAGUAUUGUAAAAACCUUCCGUGGGUCGGCAACUGUCGCUACAGUGAGAUCAAGCUGCAGAGCGUCGCGAAGAACCCAGAGGAAAUGCGCAGGCGCCAGCAGCACAUCGCCCAGCUCCGAAGCUCGAGGAUGUACCAGCCCCUCACUGAAGACGAAAUCACGAUAUUCAAAAGAAAGAAGAGGCUCAAGAGAAGAGCUUUCCUGUUCCUGAGCUACAUCCUCACUCACUUCAUGUUUCUGGCCCUCCUGUUGAGCCUGGUCACCCUCCUAUGCCACACCGAUGGCUUUUACUAUAAUCAGUUUAUUCGUGACCAGUUCUCUGUGGAUCUGGCGUCGGUGACCAAGCUGGAAGACAUCUUUCGGUGGCUGAACAGCAUUCUGUUGCCUCUUCUCCACAACGACCUGCGUCCCACCUUUCUCCCUGACAGCGCCUCUAAAAUCCUUGGCCUGCCACUGAUGAGGCAGGUGAGGGCGCAACCUGGAGAGAAAACCUGUCUGCCUGCCAAAAACUUCACGCAGGACAGCCUCAAAAGAGAGAUUCACUGUCACCCCGAAUACGGCACUGACCCAGAAGACACAAAAAGCUACUCCGGGUUGUGGAAUAGAGUUAGUAAGCGGGCUCUAGACAAGACUACGAAAGGAUUUACUUACAAGCCUCGAGAAAAGAGAUGGGUGUACUAUUCCUAUGGGCUAUUGCAUACCUACGGGUCAGGAGGAUACGCGUUCUAUUUUUUUCCGGAAGAGCAGCAGUUUAAUUCCACACUGAGGCUUAGCGAACUCCAGGGAAGCCAUUGGCUGGAUGAGAAGACAUGGGCUGUGAUUUUGGAACUAACAACUUUUAAUCCAGACAUCACUCUCUUCUGCAGCAUCUCGGUCAUCUUUGAGGUCUCUCAGUUAGGAGUUGUGAACACUAGCCUGUCUGCGCACUCCUUCUCGCUUGCCGAUUUCAACAGAAAAACUUCAGCAGAAAUCUACUUGUACGUGGCCAUCCUCAUUUUUUUUUUCGCCUACGUCGUCGAUGAGGUCUACAUCAUCACACAAGAAAGGUCCGCCUACGUGAAAAGUGUAUAUAAUUUGCUCAACUUUGCUUUAAAAUGCAUCUUUACUGUGUUGAUCGUGCUCUUUUUCAGGAAACACUUCUUGGCCGUCGGUAUAAUUCGGUUUUACCUGUCGAACUCUGAGGAUUUCAUUCCCUUUCAUGCAGUGUCUCAAGUAGAUCACGCCAUGAGGGUGAUUUUAGGUUUCCUGUUGUUUCUGACAAUCCUGAAGACCCUCAGGUAUUCCAGGUUCUUUUACAGUGUGCGUCUCGCACAGAGGGCCAUCCAAACUGCCCUUCCCGGCAUCUGCCACGUGGCACUACUGGUGUUCGUGUAUUUCUUUGUCUACAUGACUUUUGGUUACCUGGUAUUCGGGCAGCACGAAUGGAACUACAGUGAUAUGAUUCAUGCCACGCAGACAAUAUUCUCCUACUGCGUUUCAGCUUUUCAGAACACGGAAUUUUCCAAUAACCGGGUUCUCGGGGUCCUGUUUCUCUCAUCUUUUAUGCUGGUGAUGAUCUGCAUAUUGAUCAACUUAUUUCAGGCGGUGAUUUUGUCUGCCUACGAGGAAAUGAAACAGCCUGUGUAUGAGGAGCCCUCAGAAGAAGCGGAAGCAAUGACCUACCUGUGUCACAGACUAAGAACUGCAUUUGGCUUUCUGUCCUUCAAAUCCAAGGCAGAAGACCAACCCAAGUUCUUUGUCAACAUGCUGUACGGGCAGCCAGAGAAGAACAACAGCCGGUAUCUGGGGCUGAAGACCAGAAACAUUAAUGGGAAGAAAAUGGUUUAUCUCGUUGUGUGAUCCAUGACAGUUUCAAGAUCCACAGGCCAGCUUCUCUCAAAUGCUCAGAUUCUGGGAUUAAGGAACGUUUAGUGGCUCAGUUGUGCUUUCUACCCGUGUCCUUCACAAUGCACACCCCUUACGUUUGGAAGUAUCCGCAGUCUUGGCCUCCCCUUAGGAACUUGAAAGGAGGGUGUCAGAGUGCAGUGCAGCCUCUACAGAGAGAGGACGAUGACAGCCUGUGAGUCCUGGGUUGAUUUCCCUCUUCCUGGGAAGUUGGUGUCUUUGGAAUCUGCAGUUUAGAAGGUUAGAGACCCAGAUUUGGGGUAGGGAACUAAAAGUCCCCCUCAACCUCACCCCACCUUGCCAGAAGCAGCAGGAAAAUUCUGCUGCUUCUGUGCCCCACUCCCUGGGGCUGGGAGGCCAGCGCUUGCGGUUCAGUGCCUUGGCCCCGCUGGCUGUUCCCUUUGCACACAGGGCUGCAGGGCCUCCCCCACCCUCUCUACCUCCGCCGCCCACACUCCAGCUGGGCCAGGGCCUUGUGAUGAGUCUCAGGAGUUGCCCUUGUGCCUGGGAAUGCAGGGGUGUGGACCUGGGGGUCAGAAGUCUGAAGCUUCCCAUCUGCUUCUUAAGGCCACUGCAAGUGAAAGAUGUAAAGUGUAGUAACAUUUUCUGGCCAUGAGACGUGACUUUUAUUAAACAGCAGGAAGGUGUGUGUGGGUGUGGGUUCACAUUGAAAGAUAGUAAAUAUUCUAUAUAAUGUAUAUAGCAAUAUAUACAUCCAGGAUUUGGGGUUCGGGUUAUUGAUGGCCUGGUGGAUUGUUUAGAAAACAUUGUUUAAGAAAAAUGGGCUAGCAGCUGUUGGAUUUUCACUCAGAAGCAUGUUCAUUUAUGUAGAUGCCACUUUAAGCCUGAUCAGAA